GACAUCAAUAGCCUCAACAAACAAAUUGCUCAACUUCAAGAUUUUGUGAGGGCCAAGGGCAGCCAGAGUGGCCGGCAUCUGCAGACACAUUCCAACACCAUUGUAGUUUCAUUGCAGUCAAAACUGGCUUCCAUGUCCAAUGACUUCAAAUCAGUUUUAGAAGUGAGGACUGAGAACCUGAAACAACAGAGGAACCGUCGGGAACAGUUCUCCCGGACACCAGUGUCGGCCCUGCCCCUUGCCCCCAACCACCUUGGGGGAGGACCCAUAGUUUUGGGAGCAGAGUCCCGAGCCUCCAGGGAUGUGGCCAUCGACAUGAUGGAUUCUAGAACAAGCCAGCAGCUUCAGCUCAUUGACGAGCAGGAUUCCUACAUCCAGAGCCGGGCAGAUACCAUGCAGAACAUCGAGUCUACAAUCGUUGAGCUGGGCUCCAUUUUUCAGCAGUUGGCACACAUGGUGAAAGAACAGGAGGAAACUAUUCAGAGGAUUGAUGAGAAUGUGCUUGGAGCCCAGCUGGAUGUUGAGGCCGCCCAUUCAGAGAUCCUCAAGUACUUCCAGUCAGUCACCUCCAAUCGGUGGCUCAUGGUCAAAAUCUUCCUCAUCCUCAUUGUCUUCUUCAUCAUCUUUGUGGUCUUCCUUGCCUGAACCCUCCUUCAAUCUGAGGCACUCCACAGAGGGUUUGGGACCCUUCUGGGAGGGCAAGUGGCCAUGGCUGCCAUUGAGCCUGUAUAGGGUGGUUGGGAGAAAGGCCAUUUCCUUGGAACUGCUAAGAAUGGCCAGUGUCCCGAUUCCCCACCCUUGUCUCUGGCCACUCUGUCCUACCCUCAGGCCCUUGAAACACUGGUUCUGGAUUUGGACUCUGCUGUGAAAGUAGCUGGGAGCAGAAGCCUGCUUAGGGGCCAGUGGAGGAGGUUGUCUCCAGUAGGAGAUUUUUAUAAAACCUUACCAGCCUCCCCCAAAGGUAACUUUGGCAGCAAGGGGAGAUAAUGCCCCUCUUUGCCUCCUUGAGAGUGAGGCAAGGAAACAAAACUAUCCCAGGGACCAACUUUACCAUCGGGUUAGAACUUGACUGCCUUCCUCUCUUCACCAUGUGAGGUGAGGAGGCUCUGAGCCCUUCAGUUGCCUGCACAAACCUGACUUUGGCUACUGGUGACUCAAUCUGCCAAAUGUGCUGCAAACCUGUUUCCUCCCAAUUACAGCAAGACUGUCAGCCUCA